AUGCUGGUCGCCAGGAGUUGGGUGUGUUGCAAGAUGUCCAUGAUGCUGUGGUGGCCCUUCAAGAAGUUGCAGUUGGACCAAGAGUUGAAGCUGAUCAGCAAGUACAGGCUCCCCAACAAGCGUGAGGUGUGGCCAGUCAAGUUUACAUUGGCCAAGAUCUGCAAGGUCCCAUGGGAGCUGCUGACCCUAGAGGAGAAGGACCUGCAGCACCUGUUUGAAGGCAAUGCCCUGCUUUGGAGGCUGGUACACAUUCUGGAUGAGGGCAAGAUGAAGCUGGAUUACAUCCUAGGCCUGAAGAUUGAAGACUUCCUGGAGUGGCGCCUACAGAUGCAGGUCUUCAAGCUGGGCCUGGCUAAAUCCAUCCACCACACAUGGGUGCUGAUCUUCCAGAGGCAUAUCAGGGUCAAAAAGCAAGUGGUCAACAUCCCCUCCUUCAUAGUGAGACUGGAAUCGCAGAAUCACAUUGACUUCUCCCUGCACUCACUGUACUGA